AUGGAAGCUCCCAUCGAAACUAAGGUCCUUGCGAAGCAACCCCCCUUCAAGACUGAAGGGACAGAACAGCGGAUACAAGUCCCGGUACUUGAUAUCGCGUUGGACGAUGACAACAAACCAAACCUGUUGCAUGAGAAUGGUCGUCUGCGUGUUGCAGUGGACGUCGGGGCUGACGGCCUUAACGUCACCUCCCCAUUCCCGAGCCCAACUCCUGUCCCAUUAGACGUUGAUUUGGUUGCGAAAAGCCACCCGGACGUCAAGGAACUUGACGGUCUAGUGCCCCCUGGGUCGCAAUGUUCAUUUACGCCGACUGAGGCACCCUCGACGCACGUCAACCUCGACGGUUCUAAGAAGAGUAAAGACGUUGACCCCAAUGGUAUCAUAUUUGACCGCGAUGAUCGUACUUUGUUCCAGGAUACCAAGUAUCCUUGGCGUACAGUUGGAAAGGUCCGUACCGCGGGCGGCUGGGGCUCCGGCGCUAUGAUUGGAUCCCGUCUCGUCCUGACUGCGAGCAGCAUUAUCAAUUGGAACUCAGAUGGCCGAGGUAACGUUGGAUGGGUCACAUUCACUCCGGGCUAUUACGAUGGCCGUGGGCCGUGGGGCGAGUUCGCCGCCAGCAAGGUCGUUUAUUACGAGAAGGUAUCAGGCAACCUGACCGAUCUGGAAACCGCGUUUGACUAUGUUAUCCUGGUCCUUGCACAGCCCAUCGGUAACACCAUCGGAUACGUUGGGGCUCAGCUUUAUCAAAGCCCCUGGAACAAUCUUCCCUCCUGGCAAUGUGUUGGCUACGGCCAGGAUCGUGCCAGAGGAGAACGUCCUCUAUACCAGGGCGGCGCCAUUAUCUCCAGUGUACAACCCUUUACUCUCAAUGGCAAUUCUGGUUAUGUACUUGGCCAUUUCAACGACUUUACCCCCGGAGAGGGUGGCGCGCCAGCCUGGGGCUAUUUCAAGGAUGACCCGUCCAGACCGAGAGUCGUCGGCGUUGGCAGCACCAUUGGCAGCACCGCUGUCGAACGGCCCACAGGUUCUACUAAUCGCGAUAAUGAAUACGCCGGGGGGCCUGCACUGAACAAGCUCAUAUUGGAAGCACGAGCAAACUACCCAUAA